AUGAAGGGCUUCAUUGGAACCAGCCUCCUGGCACUUGCCGCAUUUUCAACUUCAGCAAGUGCAGCCACCAACUGCGAGACAGAAAAGCUUGCAGCUUUUGUCUGGCGAUACCACGUGAAGUCUUCUGACAGCGUGCCUGAUAUCCCCGGAAUCUGUGGCGGUCUCUGGGAUAACCUCAAGCGCUUCGGGGACUGCGGUACACCAUCGAACACCUGGUGUGGGGAUGCUGGUGAUGGCAAACUUGGAUGGGACUUUAAUGUGGCAAAUACUUGCAAUCCUGGCAUGAUUGAGUCUACCUGGUAUGAGGCGACCGAGAACCAAUGGGGGCCUGUUGACUGCGUUGAGCCGGAGUGAGUCUGAGGGUUAAGGUGCUCGAUGAGUGUCGAGAAUAGGAUAUAGAACGUUUCGAUGGCACGGGCAGAGGAGAGAAGUCGAGGGGGUGGCUAGUUCGAGUUAGUUGAUUCAUAGAAAUGGAGCUUCCAGG